AUGAAGAACUUUUUCCUCAAGCUUCCAUUAUUGAUUUUCAUUUUGGUCAUUACUUCAAAUCUUGGAGCAGAAGCAAGACAAUUAACUGGAGUCGAAGUUAUCGCCGGAAGUUCAAAUAAGACCGUCACCGCUGGGGCGGCACAUCCACCUUGCAAGAGAGAUGUAAAUUGUAGCUUCGAAUGUCCUAAGGGAGGAAUGUAA